CUCCAUCAGCCCGUAUACUAUUGAUCAUCCCACUCUCCCCGUUAUCUUCUUCCUGUUAUAUAGGCGUCCCGCAGCAGCAGCUGAGCAGAGCAGCGGCGAAGAAGCAGCAGCAGAAUGCUUUCCGUUCCAGGAGCAGCAGGUAGCCGUGGCAGGCUCGUCGCAGCCACUGCGUGCUUCCUCCUCGUCCUCCUGCUGCUGCAGGUGCGCCCAGCCACGGCCACCCCGACCCCGCCCCGCGCCUUCUUCGUCUUCGGCGACUCGCUGGUGGACAGCGGCAACAACAACUACCUGGCCACGACGGCGCGCGCCGACUCGCCGCCGUACGGCCUCGACUACCCGACGCACCGCGCGACGGGCCGCUUCUCCAACGGCAAGAACGUGCCGGACAUCAUCAGCGAGUACCUGGGCGCGGAGCCGGCGCUGCCGUACCUGAGCCCGCACCUGGACGGGCGGAAGCUGCUGGUGGGCGCCAACUUCGCGUCGGCGGGCGUGGGCGUGCUCAACGACACGGGGGUCCAGUUCGCCAACAUCAUCCGCGUCCAGAAGCAGCUGCGCUACUUCCGGCAGUACCAGGACCGCUUGAGCCGCCUCGUCGGCGAGGACGCCGCCGCGCGCCUCGUCCGCGGAGCGCUCGUGCUCGUCACCCUGGGCGGCAACGACUUCAUCAACAACUACUACCUGGUGCCCUUCUCGGCGCGGUCCCGCGAGUUCGCGCUGCCGGACUACGUGCGCUACGUCGUGUCCGAGUACGCCAAGGUGCUGCGGCAGCUCUACUCGCUGGGCGCGCGCCGGGUGCUGGUCACGGGGUCGGGCCCGCUGGGGUGCGCCCCAGCCGAGCUGGCGCUGCGGGGCAGCCGCGACGGGGAGUGCGACGCCGAGCUGCAGCGCGCCGCCGCGCUCUACAACCCGCAGCUGGUGGACAUGAUCAAGGGCGUCAACGCGGAGCUCGGCGCCGACGUCUUCGUCGCCGUCAACGCCUACCGGAUGCACAUGGACUUCAUCUCCGACCCGGCGGCCUACGGCUUCGUCACCUCCAAGGUCGCGUGCUGCGGCCAGGGACCAUACAACGGCGUGGGGCUCUGCACCGCCGCGUCCAGCGUCUGCCCGGACCGCAGCGUCUACGCCUUCUGGGACAACUUCCACCCCACGGAGAAGGCCAACCGCAUCAUCGUCAGCCAGUUCAUGGACGGCCCACAGGAGUACAUGCACCCGCUCAACCUCAGCACCAUCCUCGCCGUCGACGCCCGCGCCGCCGCCACCUUCAACUAGCUAAAACACGAUACAGCAUAUGAAAACAGACCACAUUCAUAUUCUAUCAUAUAUUAUGCACCCAUCCGAACCCCAGGCUGGCAGUUCAUCAGUAUUUGUACUCCGAUAUGACACAUCAUACAUCUAGUAGCAUGCAUUUCGCCCUAGUGGCUAGUACUAGUACGCUUCCUGCUGAGAAUCUGAAAUAAAAACGAGUUGUACUUCAUCAUUCAUCCAGUAUACUGUAGUUGCUGCCAGCAACACCCAGAAAUUAGUCCCAAAUGGAACAAGGAUGAAUCAAUGAUACAUUGAUCACAA